AAAAUUAUCUCGGAAGUAUUUUAUAAAAAUACAUUUUUAAUUUAUUUUAAUUUAUUUAAAUAUUAAACUCACCCUUUUCCCUGUUUCUUAUAUAUAUCUCCGACGAAGAAGGUAUCCACCUUUGUUUACUAGCUACAUGGCUGAAACUGCUGCAGACUCGGUUAUUUCUAAGGAAAAGGACUAUGCUCCGGCGAGCACUUCCUCAACAUCGGAAGAAAAAGUUGUAUCCGAAAUCGACAUUCAGAACUUAACAAUCGACGAUUGCAAUAAGUUCCUUGAUGAAGACUCCAACAUCAAAAUCAUUACAUCAGGAGAUACGCCGUACAGGUCGGCAUUUACUUUUGAGGAGUUGAAUUUGUCGCCACAACUGUUGAAGGGUCUGUAUGUUGAGAUGAAAUACCAAAAGCCUAGUAAAAUACAGGCUAUUAGUUUGCCAUUGAUUUUGGAUCCCCCUUACUUGGAUUUAAUCGCUCAAGCUCAUAACGGUUCUGGAAAAACCGCUUGCUUUACGCUGGGAAUGCUAUCUCGUGUCGAUCCGAAAUUAAAAGCUCCUCAAGCCUUGUGUUGUUGUCCCACUAGAGAAUUGGCUAUUCAGAAUUCGGAAGUGCUGAGGAAGAUGGGGAAGUAUACUGGGAUAACUUUUGAAUGUGCUAUUGGAGGGGAUUUUACUACUGAAACUCACAUUAAGAAAAGAUCGCCUAUUACAGCGCAAGUAGUUAUUGGUACUCCGGGCACUAUUAAGAGACGGAUGACUGAGAAGACAUUGGGUUUGAGUUAUCUCAUGAUGCUUGUGUUUGAUGAGGCUGAUCACAUGCUUGCUAAGGAAGGAUUUAAAGAUGAUUCUUUGAACAUGAUGAAGCAUAUUGGACGUGUCACUUCUCACUGUCAGGUUCUCCUAUUCUCUGCCACAUUCAAUGAAUCUGUUAAGAAGUUUGCUGCAAAGAUAGUGAAAGGAAAUCACAACGAGUUGUUUGUCAAGAAGGAAGAACUAUCAUUGGAAUCGGUGAUCCAGUAUAAGGUGGAUUGUCCAGAUGAACUUGCUAAGGUUAUGGUAAUCAAGGACCAAAUUUUGGAAUUCGGAGAGCGUAUAGGGCAGACGAUAAUAUUUGUCCGGACGAGGAAUAGUGCAAUCAUAUUGCACAGGAGCCUUGUCGACCUUGGUUACGAUGUUACUACAAUUCAAGGUGCUCUCAAGCAAGAAGAUCGAGACAAGAUAGUCAAAGAGUUUAAAGAUGGGUUGACUCAAGUUCUCAUUUCAACCGAUCUUCUUGCCCGGGGUUUUGACCAACAACAGGUCAAUUUGGUCAUCAAUUAUAACCUUCCCGUGAAAUAUGACCAUUCUACGGAGCCUGAUUGUGAGGUUUAUCUGCAUAGAAUUGGUAGAGCCGGAAGAUUUGGUCGCAAGGGAGCUGUGUUCAAUUUGUUAUGCGGUGAUAUGGACGAAAUGAUAAUGUCAAAAAUCGAAACUCAUUUCGACAUGAAAAUCGCAAAGGUUCCUGACUGGAGAAAUGAGGAAGACUUUAAAGCUGCAAUGAGAUCAGCUGGUUUAUUGUAACCGAAGCUUCUGUUAAGAUUUGUUAUUUCUUCUUCCAAUAAUUUUGGAGAUUUUGAAAUUUUAUAAUAUGUUACGAUAUUAAGGUUUUAAUCUAUUUUGAUUUUAGUUGUUAA